ACGUUUUACGACUUUUGUUAUCAAUUUUGGCAUGAUGAUUUGAUUUGUAGUUUGCAAGUUUCCUACCUUUUCAAUAAAAUCAAAAGUGUCCAAGCUAUAUUAACAAUAGGCUCACAAUAAUGCUCACAUAGUUUAUACGACUAUCAGUAACAAACAAACACUGCCAUCGCAUCCUAAACAAUCCUCAAUAAAAUGGAGAACACUCAAGAAACUAAAGGUCCACCGCCAACCGCUGAAGAACUGAAGGCUAAAGGGAAUGAGGCUGUUAAGAACGAGCAGUACAUCGAGGCAGUGCUGCACUACACGCAGGCCAUCAAGCUGGAUCCGAAUAACUACGUGUUGUACAGUAAUCGGUCGUUUGCGUUCCUGAAGCUGGACCAGCACUACCUGUCCCUUCAGGAUGCCAACGAGACCGUGCGGCUGCAACCGCAGUGGGCUAAGGGUUACUUCCGUCGAGCUGAGGUGGAGGCGGCGAGCGGGCUGCUGGACGAGGCCAUCAUCUCGUACACCAGAGCGCUGCAGCUCGACCCCCACAACCCCAAGCUGCUGGAGCAGAUCCGCAACAUGACUGAUACGCAGAAGAAGAAGUAUAGAGAUAGUCAGAAUAUAAUAUGGAUAUCCACCUGCAUUGGCUUGAUUAUAGGAAUAGUUGUAGUUAUAUUGGACUAUACAUUAACUGAAAACCCUACUUUAACACACCCGCUAGCCAUGGUCUCCUUCUCGCUGGCGCUGUCCGCGCUGGGCUGGGCGGGCGGCAAGGGCGCCACGCUCAUGGACUCGUGGAGCGCCGGCAAGUCGCUCACUCCGCCCGAGGACCUUGGCAUGGGUGGAGCGGCGCCGGCGGAAGAGACAGUGAUUCCAGAGAAGAAGAGCAAGUACAGUCGGGCGCAGGCACGCCACCGGUACAAGCAGGGGAAGCUAUAGCUCUCCGUCUUCUGUGCGACCUAAGACCGUAUACAAAGAGAAUUAAAGCUGAAAGCGCUAUAAGCGCAUACUUUGACUUAGUGUCCUAUGUCCUCUAGAUGGGGCAGAGGGCGUCCACAGCGACUCUCCAUCGCAACCUGUCUUGAGCAUAUACUUUACCAUGGAAAAUAUGGAUAUUUAAAAAAAUCCCGUGAUUAUCAGCGCUGGUUUGGGAAAGUAUGUAAAAGUUAGCUUAUAAGUUUCUUUAUGUAUACGGCCUAAUAUAUAACAACAUACAGGGUGGAAUUAUAUUACCAGGGCACUGGGCAACUCUACUGAUAAACAUAAAAUUUGGGGCAAAUAUUUUCAGUCCGGGAAAGAUUUUCUAUUUUACUGCUAGAGACUCCACGCCACCAAAGGCUUGCGGUAAAAAAGGGAACUAAAUGAUUAAAUGCAUAAUAUCAGUGGCAUGGACUUAUUGCAUUUAUUGCAUGAUUUUUUAAUGCAAAUUUAAGUCAAUUCUGACUUAUCUACACAUGUUUUAUACUUACUUUAAUUGUAUACUGUACCUUGUACAUAAAAUACCUAUGUAACAUGGAAUAUUGUUACCUAUUAAAAAUUAUAUACUUAUCUUAUUUUACUAUCAGAAAGUCUGUGCUUCAAUUGCCAGACAGAGUUGAAGAAUCCUUGUAAAUUUGCCAUUUAUAAAUUGAUGCGGCAUUUGCCUAAAUGUAAUAUUAAUAUUAAGUAGAUUAUAAAUUGGUUUGGGAAACGUAACGGUAUUAUAUUGAGUGAGAAGAUAUGUGUUAAAUA